CACUUUGAAUUAAAUUAUAUAUCCAGUUAUUCUAGUUACGACAAUGCACGUUUGUUUGAGGAAAAGGAUGCUGUUAGAGAAGAAUUGGAUUUUUUUAAGAGAAAUGGAGGAGGUUUAGUAGUGGACAACACAACAUAUGGUAUUCAUCCAAAUGCAGAGGUUCUUGCUAAUUUAUCCAUGGCAACAGGGGUUAACAUCAUUGCAGGAACUGGUAUUUUAUUAUUUAAAAUACAUUCAAAUAUUUGUUUGCUUAUCUAUGCAAUGUGUUGUUAUCUAUGCAAUGUGUUGUUAUUUUUUUCGGAGAAAAAGGUGCUUCAGGCUGCAGCACAACUGGAGCGUGACACCGGAUGUCCGGUUAUAAUACACCCAGGGCGAGCACCAGAAGCUCCAUUUGAGAUAAUGAGGAUAUUUCAAGAGGCAGGAGGUCGAGCUAAUAGAGUUGUUAUGUCACACAUGGAUAGAACUAUAUCAGAUAUACCACAGCUGUUAGAGUUUGCGAGGUUAGGUUGUUAUAUAGAGUAUGAUUUGUUUGGUAUAGAAUGUUCAUAUUAUCAGCAGACACCUACCGUAGACAUGCCUAGUGACGCUCAACGUAUUGAGAGAAUGAAAAUUCUCAUAGAUAAUGGAUUUGAAGAUAAAUUAACUGCAUCACAUGAUAUACAUACUAAACAUCGACUUAUGAAGUAUGGUGGACAUGGUUUUUCUCAUAUUUUGUUACAUGUGGUACCAAAGAUGUUAGGCAGAGGUUUCUCUAGAGAUCAGGUCGACAAAAUUACUAAAACUAAUCCACAGACUUGGUUAACAUUUACAGGGACCAACCAGCAGCAACUAGUUUAAACAGGAAAGAGAUAUAUAUCUGACAGUCAUUUUAUAACAUGAAUUCUAAAAAUGUGUAUACAUGUACAUGCCAAAUUAGUCAUCUUUUAGAAAUUUGGAGAAUAUCUUACCAAAGGUUUUAGAAGUUGGUAGUUAUUUUUUGCCAAUAUUUAAUUGUUGCUAGAGUCAAAUAGGCUAAAUAAUAUUUGCAGACAUGGACUUUUUUUUUAGUUCGUAACGUAUCUGUAAACCAGGUAUUUUUAAGGCUGGGAAAGUAUAUGUGUUCACUUGAUAGAUACUUAAAUCAUUUGUUAGGCUAAUAAUUUUUGUAUGAAUUCUAUGGUUGUCACUUAAUUUUAUGCAAUGAAGAAUUAAAUUAAUAAAAUGUAAAGCAGUCAGUUAUAGUAUGUCUGUAUGAGGAAAUUGAGUGUUCAUGUGGUGAAGGUUUUAAUUGAUGUGUAAUGCAAUACUUAAAUAAAGAGCUUAAUUUUUCAUGUUCCUUAACAAAUAUUUGUGGGGCAUAUUAUUGUAAGUUUGCCCUUCUGUUAUACAUAUUGUCAUCUUUCAAUUACACUGAUUUAACUGUUACCUUAGAUAUUUUGUUUGGUGUGUUUGUACUUUUAUUCCUUGGACCUCUACCGAUAAAUUGGGUCAGGGUCAAGGUCACCAAGACUAAAAAUAGAUUUCCACCUUUUACUCAUAGUAAUGACAUAUUUUUGCUUUGUCAAAACAAUAUCGGGGGGAACAGUCAUCGAUGUAAUCUAAAUAUUUUUUUCUUUUUAACCAAUUAUCUUAUUUACCAUAGUUGAAAGAUUCGAUGAUUUAUUAUAUCAAUAUCAUUUUAUGGAUUAUAUAGAUGUAU